UGACAGAUGGCUAGCCCUACCAAGUGGCACAACUGAUGCCAUUGCUUUUCCUUUAUGUCUUUCUCCCUGGAGCAUGGUCGGUUGAAUUCCGGCACCUUCCUUUCUCAAAUGCUUCAACAUUACCAAUAAGUUUAUUCUCUGCAAUUCAAGCCAUCUGCUUGGCUCUCAAACUUGUAUUCAGCUUGCUUGAAUACAGUACCCAAUUCAGUAAGGGUACCAGCAAGCUAGCCAAAGAAGUGCAGGAUCCAUAUCUUUCUAUACACUCAGGCAUAUAAUCAUGAUAUACUGCAACGAGAAACUUUCUACCAUGACACUACUUGUUCAGUUAUCCAUUCACCAAUGAUGAGAAAAAUAUAUGAUGAUUACGACUUCAAAAGAAGUGGAUUCUCCGAGAAAAAAAGAGGGAGAUGCAAGUGAUGGCAAGAUUACCAAAGCUUCAUCCAGCUCAACACCAUGGUUAAGAUUGAAAGAUCCAAGAAUUGUUCGUGUGUCGCGUGCUUUUGGAGGAAAAGAUAGGCACAGCAAGGUUUGCACCAUAAGGGGGUUAAGAGACAGGAGAGUAAGGCUUUCAGUUCCCACAGCUAUUCAAUUGUACGAUCUCCAAGAUAGACUUGGACUUAAUCAGCCUAGCAAGGUUGUUGACUGGUUGCUUAAUGCAGCUAAGCAUGAAAUUGAUGAACUUCCUCCACUUCCGAUGCCACCAGUGAACUUUGGCCUGAACCAACAAGCAAUUCCAACUUCUUCUCAUGAAGUUGGUGCUUCCCAAUCUAACAAAGAAGGGUUCAAGACGAACAACAUCAUUAAUUGGAAAGAUCCCGACGAACUAACUAGACCUAAUUUUUGGAGCAGUGAUGUGCUUUUGAAAGCCAAGUCAAAAGAAGUGGCAAGGGAUUCUAUUCACGAGAAAGAAAACUGGAUAAAAAGAAAUGAUCAAGAAGAUGGAAAGGAAAGCAAUGAAGGGCCUAGUAGCGCUCAUCAAAUUCUAUCAAGCAGUUUCUUCCCCAAAACUAGUCAUUCUUUUUUACCGGGUUUGACAAAUAAUGCAACGCCAUAUGGUUCCUUGUUUCAAUCAGAACCUCCAAAUUUCCCCUUAUCUCAUUUGGGAAGUCGUGGAUUUGCAGCUCAGACAGAUGAUCUACACACCCUGAAUGCUGUGCCAUUACCGUCUACGUUGUCUCUAUCAUCUGGGUCUCAGAUUUUGGUCUGUCCACCUGGAACAUCACAGCCUUGCUUCCCUUCACGUGUUGCAGCAGCUUCGGCCGAGAUUGAUCCAAGGCAAAUGAACCACUUUCAGAUGUUGAACUCCAGCACUCAAAACCUCUUUCCUAAUUCUCUAACUCCAAGCCCAUACCUCGUGAACCAAUCCGCUAGACCUUUCCAUCUCAGUGUAACUCCUAGGCUUUUUCAUUCCCACACUAGUGGAAGCCAUCAGCCAGAAUAAGGAAGUAAGGAGCAAGUAUUUCCUUGUAAAUGACAUGAAUGCGAUACAAACAAGGACUACAAAACACUAGAAGCAACCCACUUCCUCAGGACAUUAUCCCAGGUGAGAGCAAACUUGUCCCAAACUUCACAGGUGUUUCCCAGAAGACGUUCUAUUUUAAUAUUGAUGUGUUUACAAAAGUUAUUCUCCUAUGUUUGGUUUCACAACUUUACUUCAUCGGGUGUUUGGUCAUUAAUUCUAGGAGAAUGAAUUUUCUUUUCUUUUCUUUU